UCUCCUCCCCCCUCAGUGCUGAUCUAUCUGAUAGGUCUCUCCUCCCCGUCAUCACCCUCCUCCUCCUCCUCCUCCUCCUCGGAUGACUCUGCGCUGCAGCCUCAGUCGGUGUGUGUGUUCAGUCAGCAGCAUGGCGUCUGUCGUCCUCCUGCUGCUCAGCACCGCUCUGCUCCACGGCGCCCAGUCUCUGCCAGCAGCUCGCGGUGGUGGGCGUGGCCUGGAUGUAUCCGUGGGCGGGGUCAGACGCCAGCGCAGGGACCUCCGUAACCUGCUGCCUUAUGAGGACCAGAUGAUGUCAUAUCCCACCACUCAGGGAGGGGGCGGGGUCAAUGACCUAUACUACCAAUCAGACGACUGGAGGGGGCGGGGUUUGGAUCAGGCCCUGCAGCGAUUGGUGGAGAGGGACCAGAGACGGGAGCAGGAAGAACACCAGCGAGAAGCCUACCUGGCUGCUCUGCUCCGCCUCCUGAACGAGGCUGAGAGCGCGGGAUUGGUCAGACCAGGGGAUGUGGAGUUGGUGGAGGAAGAGGAGGAGGAUGAGGAGGAUGAUCAGGGGCCACCGGGAGACUUCCAAGGCCCCGCCCCUCCAGACUACGAUGAGACGGGCCGGGGCCUGAACAUGGGGCGGCCCCGGGCCGCCUGGUGGGGCCUCCUGGAGCCGCAGCUGGCUCAGGCCCUGCUGAACAGGAUGGAGCCUCAGGUGGCUCAGACGCUGAUGCAGAGAGCGAGACAGGCUGGACGGGUGUACUCAGGACCGACCCGAGGAGGAGACAGAGGAGACGAGGAAGCUAUGAGGCGUCUGGUUGCUAGGUUACUGUCCAGCAUCGGCCCUAACAACGCUCUGGUGAUGUCCUCUGGUCACCGAGCUAGGAGGGACCUGCCUGUCACACCUGUUAGCUCCGCCCACAGGAGAACCCGCCGCUCCCUUGACGACAUGACUCCUCCAUUGCCUAGCAACGACCCCCCUCUGCUCCGAGUGAAGAGGCUGGAGGGGGAGGAGGAGGAGGAGGAGGAGGAGGAGGAGGAAAAGCUCCAGGCCCCUGCUGCUGAGCUGCAGAGGAUGAAACGCAUCAAUACCAUGGCUGCCAUGGAAGAACUGAAUCAUGGGAGUCGUAGGCGCCGGAGGAGAGCUGUCCUGGACUACGACCCCCAAAUACUGAUUGAUCAGAUAGUGGAGUACAUAAGGGAGUAAGAGCAGGGGAGAGGAGAGGAGAGGAGAGGAGAGGAGAGGAGGAGGAGGAAGAGGAGGAGAGGAGAGGAGGAGAGGAGGAGGAGGAGG